UAUUCUGUUAUCUAUAUUAUGUACUAUUAAAAAUAUUAUUGUAUUAUAGGUAUGCUUUUUCGAACUAUAAUUGAGCAAAUAUUUUUAAAAUAUAAAAUAGUACAAUUGUAUGUCACUCGCGUGGACUUUUAACGGUUAGUUUUUUUUCUGGGCUUAUUUCUGUGGGCUUUUUUUCCGCCUACUGUUGUAUUCUUAUUAUUUUAGUAAGUUUCAAUCUACAAUCUGAUUUUUGUUAUGAUUAUGCAUACAUUCUUGCUUAAUAAUAUUCUUUUAUUCAUUGCUGAGGUAUUAUUGUUAUCUCUAAACAAAAUUGACGUGCAUUAUUUUUAAACAUUCUUAUGCAGACAUGCAGUAUAUUGCUAUUCCAUUGAAGAAAAUCAUCAAAUGUGUUUGGUAAGUGAAACUGGUGAAAGCAAUUAGGUUCAUUCCAUCGUUCGUUACUCUUGGGUACAGAGACAAAUUGAAUUACAAGACUCAUAUUAAAAUCAUGCAAAAUAUUAUCAACACCGUUAAAGGAACUGCACUGGGAUUUGCAGGACAUUUGGCCCCAGUUCUAAAGGAAUCAAAAUUUAAAGAUACAGGAGUAGUAACACCAAGUGAAUUUGUAACUGCUGGCGACCAUUUAGUGCAUACAUGUCCAACUUGGGAAUGGGCUUGUGGUGAUGAAUGCAAGGUUAAAUCUUAUUUGCCAAAAGAAAAACAAUAUCUAAUUACAAGAAAUGUUCCCUGUUUACGGCGAUAUCGACAAGUUGAAAACAGUGAAAUUAUUGAGAAUAUUGUUGAAUUGGAAGAAGGAAACGAAGGAUGGGUUGAGACUCAUCAUUUUGAUUCUUCCAUUUUACCUAUGAAAGAAAAAAUAUCAGAGAUAUCACACAAAGAAAAUGUUGAAGGUCAAUACAAAGGUAAUGAAGUUUCCAACAUUGUGACCCACAAAAGCCAAAUUAUAAAAACUUGUAACUUCUAUAUUAAAAAUAGUAGUGAAGAAGAUGAUGAUGAUGAUGAAGGCGAAGCAAUAGAUAUGGAUGCAUUUGUAGAAAGUGGUCUGCUGGAAGAUGAUUCGUUCUGGUUUUAUUAUUGAUAAAUUUAUUCUUGAAUGAAAUGAGUUAAGAAGAAGAAAAAUCAAAAUAUAUGAGCAUAAAAACAAUUAUUAAAAAUGCAAAUCAAUUUUAAAAGG